UUCAAGUAGUGUGGCAUUGACACAUCUGUCAAAAUAAACGUUUUGUUUUCGGUUAUUCGUCCCGUUAAAUUUUAGUGAGUGUAAUUAACCACCAGCAGUCCCUCCAACAAGUACAAUAACCAAAACAUGCUUCAAUACCACUGAUCGAUCACCCCAUCGGGACGAAACUAGCAUGGCUUCAGGAAUAAACGAGCACAAGGCGAACGUGGUUUGCGACGAAGAAGUGCCUGACUGGGUGCUGGCGAAACGGGGGAUUAAGCUGCUAAUAAACAACAAUGCGAGAGAGGCUCAAGAGCUCUUUUCCCGAUACCCAGAUAAUAUAACCAUGUGCGCAGGAUAUUCCUUCGCAGCUUUUAUGGAUGCCUUAAUGACCUUCGAAGAAGAUAAGCUCAAUUUAGCGACAUCUGUCCUCAAAGAGGUUGAACGGAAGUGCACUUCAGAGAACGGGUGGUUUAAAUCAAUGAAGAAAGCCUUCGGUUCUAGUGAUAACAGUUCACUGGCUCAAACUCUGGAAACUCAAAUCAUUCUAGCGGAUUCCCAAGUGUGUUUAGCGAUUUUAACGUUCUUACAGCAAGACAUUUCGGGGUACUUUAAAGGCGGGUGGGUGUUGAGGAAGGCUUGGAAGGUGUACCAGAGCACCUACCAGGAGAUACUCCAACUGUAUAAAGAGAUAAUCGGCGACAAUGACAAGCAGUUGCCAGAGGCGGUUAUGGAAACCACGAGCACCACCCCUGUUAGUACUCCCGGUAGUGUUGAAAGCAGCCCCCCGAGCUCCGAAGCGACGAAAUCCGAACCCGAUCCACCCCCCAACGGGUAUAUUAAAAAAAUCCCUUACUCCCAUUCCGCCAUCUUGUCCCAUCACACCCACUCCCAACACGACUCUUCCGGAGCUUCCACUCCCAACUCCAUGAAAAACAACUGCAGCAGAAGUAGCAUAGACGCUUCUGCGAUGACGUUUCUAAAGAAGUCGUUUUCGGUCAACAGCGCCUUAUCCAAACACGUUCACAAAACGGACUGGAGUUCUUUCACCAGUUCGCUAUCACUAGCCUACCUCACUUCCACUUUUCAUCUAUUCUCACCUACAGAAAAACUGAAAGGAGCCCAGAUUGAUAAACCUACGAUUGAAAGAUUGAUGGGAGCGGUGUCCUUUGGGUAUGGUCUAUUCCAGUUAGGUAUAUCAUUACUGCCACCAUCUCUGCUAAAACUCACCAAUUUUUUGGGUUUUGGCGGGAACAGACAAAACGGUGUUUCGUGUUUGAUGUAUGCCAGAGAAGGGGUGGACAUGAGGGCGCCUCUAGCCACGUUGUCGCUGUUGUGGUACCACACGAUAGUGAGGCCUUUUUAUGCUCUGGAUGGGAGUAACGUCCAGGCGGGGGCUAACGCAGCCACGCAGCUACUACAAGAAUCAGAGACGGAAUAUGGACUCUCAGCUCUAUUUCUUUUCUUUAAAGGAAGAGUCAACAGACUGAGCUCCGACAUACCAAAUGCUCUUAAAUCGUUCCAAUCGUCCGUUGACCACGCCGCUCAAAGAGAAAUUAAGAUCCUAGCGAUGCACGAAGUCGGCUGGUGCCACCUAAUCCAACUCGACUACUGCAGCGCAGAAAGUACCUUCACCUACCUCAAGUCCUGGAGCAGAUGGAGCCGAGCCUUCUACAGCUACCUAGCGGCCAUAUGCUGCGGUUCCUGUCAAAACCUCACCAACUUAACCACCAUUAAAGAAAUCAAAAACACGACUCCAACCAACAGAGGCAAUCAGCUCGAUGAAUUUUUAGCCCGAAGAGCUAAAUGUUGUCCGUCCAACGAUGACGAUCUCUCCAAGUUACCAUCCAUUUUCUGGAAACUGCUCCUCUACGAAAUGCUGUAUCUCUGGAACGCGUUACCAAGUUGUUCAGCCCAAAACAUAGAAAAUAUCAAACUAGACUGCGAAGCAGUUCCGACUAGUGGAAACGAGCCGAUGUUGGGUCUGUCGAAACUGAUUCUAGGUUGUUGCUACUGCAUCCAGAGGCAGUACCCUAAGGGGAUCGAAAACUUUAAGUUGUGUCUAGAGCUGAGGAAGGAUUUGCCCAGUAAUGCCGUCGAUGCUCACAUUUCAGCUUUUUCGCACUACGAGCUAGGAGCUUUGAUGAUCAAAACAAACGAAACCAAAGCCGAGGGUAAAACGCUUCUACAGAAUAUUUCUUGUUACAAGGAUUAUGAUUUCGAGCAGAGGCUCAAUAUAAGAGUCCACUCAAUGCUGAAGCACUUGUAGACCAAAGUUAGACAAUAUUUACGAAGUUAACGAAAUGUAACAUAGAGCUAUUUGCAAUAUUUAAAAAUAAUUUUAUA